GGUGCUGUCGGCCCGCCCCGCGCGGCCCCGCUGAGCCUCCGCGCGGCGGCGAGCGCGGCUUCGGGUCACCAUGCCCACCCGCGUAUGCUGCUGCUGUUCUGCUUUGCGUCCUCGGUACAAGCGCCUGGUGGACAACAUAUUCCCUGAAGAUCCAAAAGAUGGGCUUGUUAAGGCCGACAUGGAAAAAUUGACAUUUUAUGCAGUGUCCGCUCCCGAGAAACUGGAUCGGAUCGGUUCUUACCUGGCAGAAAGGUUAAGCAGGGAUGUUGUUAGGCAUCGUUCGGGGUAUGUUUUAAUUGCUAUGGAGGCAUUGGAUCAGCUUCUCAUGGCUUGUCAUUCUCAGAGCAUCAAGCCAUUUGUGGAGAGCUUUCUUCAUAUGGUAGCAAAGCUGCUGGAAUCAGGGGAACCAAAGCUACAAGUACUUGGAACCAAUUCUUUUGUCAAAUUUGCGAAUAUCGAGGAAGACACACCUUCAUACCACAGGCGUUACGACUUUUUUGUGUCUCGGUUCAGUGCUAUGUGUCACUCCUGCCACAGUGAUCCAGAGACACGAACAGAAAUCCGAAUUGCUGGGAUAAGGGGUAUUCAAGGAGUGGUUCGCAAAACGGUUAAUGACGAACUUCGAGCUACCAUCUGGGAGCCGCAGCAUAUGGACAAGAUCGUGCCAUCCCUGCUGUUUAACAUGCAGAAGACAGAAGAGGUGGACAGUCGAAUAGGCCCGCCUUCCUCUCCUUCCGCAGCCGACAAGGAGGAGAACCCUGCUGUGCUGGCGGAGAAUUGUUUCCGAGAAUUACUGGGCCGAGCAACUUUUGGGAAUAUGAAUAAUGCCGUUAGGCCCGUGUUUGCGCAUUUAGACCAUCACAAACUGUGGGAUCCCAAUGAAUUUGCAGUGCAUUGCUUCAAAGUUAUAAUGUAUUCCAUUCAGGCUCAGUAUUCUCACCAUGUGAUCCAGGAGAUCCUAGGCCACCUCGAUGCUCGUAAGAAAGACGCUCCACGGGUUCGAGCGGGCAUCAUCCAGGUCCUGUUGGAGGCUGUCGCCAUUGCUGCGAAAGGCUCCAUUGGUCCCACCGUGCUGGAAGUCUUCAACACGUUACUGAAGCACCUGCGUCUCAGUGUGGAGUUGGAAGCCAGGGACUUACAGGGAGGCUCCGUAGGCAGUGCCAACGUCAGCACAAGUUCCAAGGACAGUGAUGAGAAGAUCGUGCAGAAUGCUAUCAUCCAGACGAUAGGAUUUUUUGGAAGUAACCUACCAGAUUAUCAGCGGUCAGAGAUCAUGAUGUUCAUCAUGGGGAAAGUACCUGUUUUUGGAACAACUACCCAUAAUUUGGAUAUCAGUCAGCUAGGGGAUUUGGGAACCAGGCGGAUUCAGAUAAUGUUGCUGAGAUCUUUGCUUAUGGUAACCUCUGGAUACAAAGCCAAGACAAUUGUCACUGCCUUGCCUGGGUCUUUUCUGGAUCCUUUGUUAUCACCAUCUCUCAUGGAAGACUGUGAGCUAAGACAGUUAGUCUUGGAAGUCAUGCACAACCUCAUGGAUCGCCAUGACAACAGGGCGAAGCUUCGAGGGAUCAGAAUAAUACCAGAUGUAGCUGACUUAAAGAUAAAAAGAGAAAAAAUCUGUAGACAAGAUACAAGUUUUAUGAAAAAGAAUGGGCAGCAGUUGUACCGGCACAUAUAUUUGGGCUGUAAAGAGGAAGACAACGUUCAGAAAAACUACGAGCUAUUGUAUACGUCCCUUGCUCUUAUAACUAUUGAACUGGCCAAUGAGGAAGUGGUUAUUGAUCUCAUUCGAUUAGCCAUUGCUUUACAGAUCGCGGAGUCACUAGGUGGAAGUGGGUACAGCGUUGAGAGGUUGUCAGUACCCUACGUACCACAAGUGAAAGAUGAAGAUCGACUUUCUAGAAGAAAAAGUAUUGUGGACACUGUAUCCGUCCAGGUGGAUAUCCUUAGCCAGGGUGGGGAUGAAGAAGAGGAACAAACUAACACUGAAGAAAUCACCUUUGAAGCAUUGAAGAAGGCAAUUGUGGAUACCAGUGGAAUGGAAGAACAGGAAAAGGAGAAGAGACGCCUUGUAAUAGAGAAAUUCCAGAAAGCACCCUUUGAAGAAAUUGCAGCACAGUGUGAAUCCAAAGCAAAUUUGCUUCAUGACAGACUUGCUCAAAUAUUGGAACUCACCAUACGCCCUCCACCAAGUCCCUCAGGAACACUGACCAUUACUUCUGGGCAUGCCCAAUACCAGUCGGUCCCAGUCUAUGAGAUGAAGUUUCCAGAUCUGUGUGUGUAUUGA